GGCUGCUGCCAUGUACAUUUUCCAUACAACUCGAUCCUCCACGGAGGAAGGCUUAUCGGGGAACCAUGUCCAAGCUGCCACUGCCGCGCAACAUCUUUGACUGCCCACCCCUGCAAGACCACGAGAUCACGUCGUUUAAAGCGCAGGCGACCAACCUCGCCAUCGACGUGAUUCGCACGGCGCGAGUCCAAGGCGGGUCCCAGAAAUGGGAGCUCCAGUACGACGAAAGCGACUUGAAGAUCUACAAAGGAGCCGACACGUCGGCCGACAACCUCCAAUGCGCUGUCCUCGAAGUCGCCGGUACCAUCGAAGAAGCGAUCGAGUUGUUUCGCACCGACUCGGCUGAACUGGCCGCCGAGUUUCACGAGCGAUUCCAAAGUGACGUCCUCGACAGAAUCGUCCUGUACAGACUCAUGGAGCCGUCGGUGGAGUCUUGGGAAUCGGGCGGCCACGACAAGAUGGAUGUAUCGUGGAUGGCGCUCAAAAGCCCGAUGAAGACUCUAUCCAACCCACGCGACCUUUGCGUGUUGUCGUGCUGCCACGAAUACGACUACGACAACAAGCGGGGAUGGGUGUAUGCGUUCCAGUCGGUCGACUUGCCCGGAUGCCCGCUCCUCAAGAGCUCUCACGGUCUGGCACGAACGUUCCACGUUGGUUCUGGCUACGUCUUUCAAGAGUCGGACCGCCUGGGGUACAUCCAAAUCAGCUACUUGAGCCACACGCGUCCGAUGCAAAGUCCCGAAUGGGCUAGCUAUGACGUGUCGGCGUCGAAACGAUGCCGCAACCUGGUCGAUAUGGAUCGUUACUUGCGCGAGAACCGACUGAGCGCGACGCCGUUCAUGUCGAAAGGCGACGUCGUCCCGGUGGCGCUGCGGCGAAUCUGUUUUUUAUGUCGCAAAAAGUUUGGCUCGUUUGGACGAAAGACAAACUGCUUCAAAUGUGGCGAGGUUAUGUGUACGAGCUGCAACCACCACUGGCAUGCUCGCGUGAACGGCGUGCCGGCUAAAGUUCGCGUGUGUACCAAGUGCUCGUCGGGAUCGGUGGCCGCCACGGCGGGCUUGAAUCCGACAAGUUUCGCCGGCUUGUCAGGGUUGAGUGGGCUUCCGACACAGGACCGCACGUCGAGGCAGUCGACCAUGUCGGUCGAGACAGACUUCAGCAUGUUCCGCAAGAGCUUCGAAUCGGACGCCACGUUUGACGUGACGCGCAUCGACUUGAACGAAUCGCCGUCGAACGGGCGCACUCGCAAUGGAUCGAAUCCACGGGUGUUGUACCAAGAGCAAUGGGACCAACAAGAACUACGACGACGAGCAAUGUUGCUGCACCAGACACAACCUGACCCCGAGCCAGCCAGCGUAGACCAUCGAACUCGGCAGCUCUAACCGAAAACGUAGCUUGCAGUGCGUGUCAUUUGGCCGACGUCUCGACUGGAUGAACCCGAGUGGGCUGUGCGUUCGGGUGGUUUUCGCUGAAACGAGCAUUCAAGCUCUUUUUCGAGGGAAUUUGAACGCCAGCCACCGGCAAAUAUAUUUUUUCCCCAA